AUGGAUCGGGCGUCCUCCACAGGGAGGCUCCACAGCGGCUACUUGUCGCCCAAGCGUGCGCAGGCGCUGAAAGUGCUGAGCCAGCUGCCCGUCCUCCAAGGGGAGGUUCUGCACGUGCUGUGCCGCAUACCGAGCGGUGCCUUGAGUGAUUCUGCAACGGUCCAUGCCGUCCUGGUCGCCUUGGACGCCGGUGCCAUGAGGCUUCGGGGGCUAGUACCGCACCAGGUCUGUGAGAGGAAGCUGCUGAGCAUGGACUUCAAGUGCAGCCAGAUGGUAAGAUUGGAGCGCACCACGAGGAGCCAGGACGCGAGCCUCAACCUCAAGCCCUUUGUCUUUAGCCCGGAGGCGGAGAGUGCAGAAGUCCUUAUCUGCCUGGCAGUUCAGUUGCGCGAACUGGGCAAAAGCGCCUGGGUGCUCAAAGCCACCAUGCCAGCCACCGUCGUCCGCGCCUCCAAAGAGGAGCAACGCUGCUUCUGGGAGGCUGCGAAGCUCUGGAGCACUUUGGAGCUCUGGGCGGGUCAACUGCGAGAGGUUCCCCCCGUGGAUGGGCUGGACACUCAGAGCCUCCCGAACAUGGUGCUUCAAGGGCGGGAGGAGAUGCAGGCGCAGAUGCAGAAAGACAUCGAGUUCGGCUUCACGCUUGGGGGGAAGCUCCAGUUCGCCAAGGAGCUGGAGCGCUGGGAGCGUCAGGCAGGUGCGGAGAAGGCGGAGACGGAUCGAGAUGUGGAGCGGACCCUAAGCGGCUUCCCUAUGCUGGAGCGCCCGGGCACACUCGAUGAGAACAGCUCCGACACGCCUGUCGAGCGAGUUUGGAGCAGCGUGUCUCGGAAAAUGCGGAUCCUCUCAGAUCAGCUGGACAGCUUUGCCGACCAUCUUGACUCACUUUACCUUCAGGCGGGCAUGCACGAGUAUGACAUCGGCGAGACUGUGGCUUCAGACCCAGACAAUGACUUCAAGUUCGAGCUCGGCCGCCAAGAUCAUGGGCUGUGGCCCAUGGAUGACAUCACAGUCGCCGGCAGCUUCAAUCGCGUCCAGAAUUUGGGUUCAGUCAUCACGGUGUACCCAACCGAGCAGACGGGCGAAGCUGGCAAGAAGGUGAAGUGCAUCGUCCUGGGACCUGGCAAAAUUGCAGACGGCCCAUCCUCAGGAAAAACCCGCAGAUUCAUCCAGCUCGUGGAAGCUUACGAUCCCAAAACGGAGGCGGAGGCUUUAGAUCGUUUUUUCCAGGACAGAGGUCUCUACUGGAACAACGAAGAGAGCGUGCAGGAGCGAAAGGACAGGCUGCUCCAGUACUACACUGCGGAGUACUACACAGAGGCCGAGUCAAGGAAGAUCUUAUACUCGUUGACAAACAUGGGCCUGUACCUUAACGACGAAGACCUGCUGCGUGAGUAUGCUCCUUUCAUACGGGCGCUGCGGGACGUCUUCAGGAAGCCGCAGGAGGACGCCUUGGAGGGUUUCAGCUUUUUCGGCGGCCCGGGGGAAGAGGUGACGCGCGGAUUCUUCCUGAGUCCGGAGCAUGCCAAGCUGUACGAGGCGGUGAACAGCAAGGUCUGUUGGCCCAACUUUUCUUCGACUUCCCACAAAGGUGGCAACGAGGAGUUCAAGAGGGGCAAAGCCGUCUUCAAGAUUCACUUCCCAAAUGCGCCGGAGAGAGGCUAUGUCCCGGCGAGCAUCAAGAAGUGGUCGAAAAUCCCGUCUGAGAAUGAGGUGCUCAUUCCGCCGCACUACAUUUUCCGCGUGACCACCGUGGAGAACUACAGGGAUAACAGGGAGAACCCCAACAAGUGGGUAAUCCACCUGGACCCAGUCAGCGUGCCUUCCGUCUGGGCCCUCAUCGACGAGAAGCGCUGGGACCUUUUCCGAGACUGGGCGGAGGCCCAUCCCGGGCUCCUGGACUCGCGGGGCGCCUCCCGGUCCAUCCUCUCCGCGGUGGCGCGGAGUUUGGCCAGGGAUGCAGCGCCGCCCCCGGAGAGCCCCGUGGGCCUCUGCUUGAGUGGGGGGGCUCAGGCCAACGAGUUGGACGAGGCGAACCGCACGCCGCUGGUUGCCUUGGCCUUGGCUUCUCCAGGCUGCGCCUCACCUGGCGCGCAGAUGGCCAUGGUCGAACUCCUCAAGGCAGGGGGCAACGCCUUUUGGCCCGUCGGGCCGGAGGAGGCGUCCUUUGCUGACCACAUGGGCUCCAGCAUGCCCAGUGACUACGAUCCGGGUUCCAGCGAAUUCAUGCACUGGCAAUAUUGGGUGGAUGACGGCGUGGAUAAGAAAGCCCCGGGCUGGUACAAGUUCAGCAACUCAGCCUCGGAGUUCGUGGAGGCCGCGCACAAGAGGUGGCAGGAGACGGGUCAAACGGACAUCUUCCUCGUCCAGAGCGACAGAUGGACCUACAAGAUCUCCGUCACGGAGCUGAAGCAGUGGAACUUGGAGACCGGCAACGAACGCCGGCUGCGGCGGAUGCCAGGCCCCUGCCCGAAGUCCCGGAUGGAGCUCCUGGAAGAAGCCGAGGAGGAGCUCAAGAAGGAGUUCGCGGAGCUCCUGGAAGCCUUGCAGGAGGCAGCCUUUGAGGGGACCCAGGAGAUGGUGUCCAACCUGGCCACGCCCGCUCUGCAGGCGGAGCUCCUCUCCGUGCUGGGCUCCAUGCGGUCGCAGGACGAGGAGGCUGCCGUGCUUGGCCAACACUUUGAAGAAGUGAAGGCUCAAGUGGCCGAGGAUGGCGGGGAAGGGGCCCUGACCACCCUGCAGAAUCUGGAGACCAUCAACGGCAUGAGCUGGGACAAGCGGGAGGAACUGGAGGACGUUGUGGGCAACCUUGCAAACGAUCCCAACCUCCAGGGCCACGUGGACAGCUCCCUUGUCAAUGACACGAGCAUGACGGCGACCAAGAUCGGCGUCCACAAACGGAAUGGAAUUUCGAACGCUGGCUUUGUUGCCUCGCUCACCUGGCGCAGCAAAGGUGAGAGGACGGAUCUUGACAUGCACAUGCGAUGCCCGGAGUGCGGUCAAGACAUCUACUUCACCAAGAAGGGCAUUGGGCAAGGAUGUGAUUGCAAGGGCAGGUUGAACCACCUGGAGCUGGACUUGGAUGAUCUUGGGAAGCCCCACGCCCGGUCUGAGGAGAACAUGUACAUGCAGGAGCCGACCACGAAAGACUACGAGCUCCGAAUCAAGCUCUUCCAGGGGGAGCCGGUGGAUUUCAAGGUCAUGGUGCACAGGAAAGGGCAUCCGGACAGAGAGUAUUUCGUACGAGGCCACGCGCGUGAGAUGCAAGAGAUCCCCAUCUUCCGUGCGUUCACGGAUGAGGAAGGGACGCUGCAGCUAGAGUCCUCGCAUCAGUACUUCGUGCGCAGCCAGCGGCUUAAGGCCUCCUGA